UGAUCAGAAUGGCCGACGCAUCGACUGUCACCAUCCGUACUCGCAAGUUCUUGACUAACCGUCUCCUCCAGCGCAAGCAGAUGGUUGUGGAUGUCAUCCACCCCGGACUUGCCAACGUCUCCAAGGACGAGCUCCGUGAGAAGCUUGGUAAGCUCUACAAGGCCGAGAAGGAACGCGUCUCCGUCUUUGGUUUCAAGACCCACUUUGGUGGAGGAAAGACCACCGGUUUCGGUCUCGUCUACGACACCGUUGAGGCCUUGAUGAAGUUCGAGCCCAAGUACCGUCUUGCCCGUAUCGGUAAGGCUGAGGCUGGCAAGGGUGGCCGCAAGCAGCGCAAGGAGAAGAAGAACCGCGCCAAGAAGGUCCGUGGUACCAAGAAGGCCAAGGCUGCCAACGCUGGCAAGAAAUAAAUUUUUUGGAGAUUCAAUAUCUUUGAAUUACUUUCCAAAUAUCCAAAACAAAAACAAAAACAAAAAACAUUGUCUGUCUUU